AUGGCAUGGGCUCAGAAUGAUACAACAUCAACGGAUAUUCUCGAUGCAAGUGGUAAUUAUGCUUAUUUAAUGGCUUCUAUUCCUAAUUAUGACGAAUGGAUUCGUGCUAAUUAUGAUAUACAAGUAUGGCAAGAAUAUUUGAAAAUGGGCACUGAAAAUAAACAUUGGGCUAAAGAAAUCAUUCAACGAACUAAAAAACGCGAUGAUUUCGUUAAUACACAAUUUGUUAAAAAGAAAAUUAAUCAAUUAUCAGCUUUCGUUGCUCAAUCUAAUGCAAAUAUUACAGAUUUGAAAAUUCAAUUACGUACAUACUGGUCACAAGUACCAAGUCACCGAAAAUUUAAAAAAAUAGGUAAUAACAUAGCUGAAACUGCCAUGCCCUCAACAGAAUCUGCAAUUAGAAUAAAAGCAGCAACAACUACUAGAACAGCACCAGCACCAACAACAACACAAGCCACAACAACAUCAAAAUCAGUACUUGUUCCAUUAACUAUUGAAAGGAUUCGAAGUAAAAUUGAUGAACUUGAAAAAUUAUUAUUAAAAUACUUACAACAUUGUACUCAACACGUAAAGAAAUUUCAUGAAAAUCGUAUUCAAUUGGCCAAAAUACAAAUGGAUGAAUUUAAAUCUUUAGAAGAAUUCGAGCGAGUAGCUACACCAUAUCAAUGGAAUAUCCAUUUGACUUUAAAAUCUAAAAUGAAACUUUGGUCUACUAAAAAUAAAAAUUAUCUUGCAGCUACAAAACGUGUUGAACUUGAUAUGCCUCCAAAAUUUAUUGAAAAAGUUGAUUUAUCUUUUAAAAUAGAUGAAUCUAUUAUUGAUCAAGAUGAGGCACAAGCUAUAUAUAAUCAAAUGCGACAAAUUACAAAAGAUUUUCGUAUACAAGCAAUGACUUUAUAUGUCCAGUCAUUAGCUCGAGAAAGUGAAUUAUUAUCAAAUGAAAUAAAACGUAUUAUUCAAGGUUUUCCACAAGAAAAUGAUGACGGUUUUGAUGCUGAACCUGAGAGCCGAGGGCGAAAGAAACGAUCCAGUGGAGAUAGUUGCUCCGGCUCUCAUCCGAUCGCUAGGCGAGGAAUUUUCGCUCCAGCUAUAAUUAAUGAAGCACAAAUUGAACUAACCGAGGAUGAAUAUGAAUUACUAAAAUUAGGCCCUCGGUUUAUAUAUAAUGAUCCAAAAACAGCAGCUCGACGUCGAACUACUGAGUUGGCUACUUUAAAAAGAAAAUUAAAAAAUCGUUUCUUUGAAAAGAAAGUUAGCCCCGGUCGUCCUGUUGAACAAUUCAUUACCGAACUAGAUUUAGUGCUUCAAAGAUUACACAAUACAUCAAUUAACAGUGAACUGAUAAAAAGAAAUGAUUUACUUAAUGUUACAAUUAAAAAUUUAUUAAAAAAUGUUCAAUUAAGUCAAUCUAAAAAUACAGGUCCUAAUAAUAAAAGUAUCACUAAAAAGAAAAAGAAAAAGAAAAAUUAUAGUCGAGUAGUAAAAAGAUUAAGAUAUAAAUUUAAAUUAACCAAUACAAUAAUACGAAAAUCUGAUAAAUCAAAAGUAUUCCAUUUAGGCAAAAUUGAAGAUUAUGAAAUAAAAUCUAAAGAAUAUAUGGAUAAAACUCAAGCAUAUCAAUGUCUUGGUACAAAUGAUCCAUUACCUGAUUUAAUUCAAAGAACUAAUAAAUAUUUAUUAGAUUUAAGAUUGGCUAAAUGGAUUACUCAAAAACAAUAUGAAAAAUUAUGUAUUAAUCCAAAUGAAGUUGAACUUGCUCAUUUAUACUAUUUACCAAAAGCCCAUAAACCUGGUACUCCUCUUCGUCCAAUAAUUUCUGGUCUCAACCAUCCUACUAUUAAAAUUUCAAAAUUUCUUGAUGAAUUACUUAGGCCUCUAUUUGAUAAAAUGGCUCUUAAGACCACUGUCACUUCUGGUUUUGAAUUAUUAAAACAAUUAGAUAUGUGGUGUAAAAAUAAUAUGCGUCAAGAAACAAUAUUUUGUACAAUUGAUGUAGUAGAUCUUUAUACUAUGGUACCACAAAUUGAAGGAGUACAUUCAUUAAGAAAAAUGCUAGAUUAUUUAAAACUGAAACAAGUCGGUGGCUUAAAAAUAGAAACAAUACUUAGAUUAAGUCGGCUUGUUAUGCAAAAUAACUAUUUUUCGUACAAUGGCCAAUUUUAUCAUCAAAUUCGUGGAGGAGCUAUGGGUUCCCCUCUUACGUUAACAAUCGCUAAUUGCUAUAUGUUCUUCUUUGAACAACAAAUUAUUAAACAAAUAAGCAUUAGUGGUGGAUUGUAUUUUCGAUAUAUUGAUGAUAUAUUUAUUGCAAUUAAUUGGCCUAUUCGCCAUUUAAUGAAACAAAUUAUCGAUUGGAAUAAAAUUGAUGAAAACAUUAAAUUAGCAGAAAAUAUAGGUUUUACAGUAGAUUUUCUAGAUUUACAUAUAGAAAAUCGAGAUGGUCAACUAUUUACUACAGUAUUUAAAAAACCAUCGUAUGAACCAUAUUAUUUGCCAUUUAGCAGUAUUCACCCGAUACAUAUGAAAAAGAAUAUUAUAUUUACUAUGCUUUUACGUGCCCUAAGAUAUUCCUCAACAUUUCAAGAAUACUUAAAUGAACGAGAAAGACUACGAAUGGCACUAUUACUAAAUAAAUAUCCAAAUAAAUUUGUUGAAAAACAAUUUGAAAAUAUAUUAACAAAAUUGGAUAUUAAUAAGCCAAUAACUGCUUAUAAUUAUUCUGAAUCUCGUCAAAAAGUAAUGAAUUCUGCUAUAAAAGAAAAAUUACCUAUUAACUAUCAAAAAACUUUGUUUGUCCAUUUUACUUAUUGUUCAAGUAUGAAAUUAUUCCCAGUUAAAUUUUAUGAACUUUGGAAUAAAUAUUUCGGCGAAUCUCCUAUUAAUGAAAUUACACCAAUAUUAGGAACAAGAAAUGUAAAUAAUCUUCAAAAAAGAUUAAUACACACUAAAGGAAAGCAGAUAAACAAUUGUAUUCGUAUUAUAUAACUACAACUUUAAAGAAAUUAUAUUGAAUAAAACAUGAUACUUAUGUAAUAUCACUUUAUAUAAUGGACUAUUUAUUCAAAAUAAGAAAUUUAUAAAAAAUUUCUUUAAAAAAACUAGAUUUUAACUUUAUAAAAUAUACUUGGUAUAUCAAGUUAUAUAAUCGUUUAUUUAUUCAAAAUAAGAAAUUUAUUAAAAUUUCAACUAGAUUGAAGUCUAUAAAAUAUACCUGUAAACAUUCACAUUACAAUUAUUAAUAUCAGAACAAAUUAAUUAGAAAUAAAACUGUAUUUCUGUUUACAAUAGUUUCAUUAAUCUUUAUUUACAAGUUUCAAAUUUUAAUAUUAUAUAUUAAUAUAUUUAAUAAUUAGAAAAAGAAAAUAAAUUUAAAUGAAAAAUAUAUCAAUAAAAAAUUGAAACAUUGGAAAUGUUACACAUCAUUAAAAGUAUUCACCUUUACAUUAAAACUACAGGCUUGUUAUUAAAUAUAUCCAAUUUCAGAUAAAGUCUAUAGACUUAUUAAUAAAAACAUUAUAUUAUUAAAUAAUUAUUAUUAAUCCUAUUCCAUCAUAUAUACACAUUACUAUAAAAUAUACCUGAAUAUAUUAAAAAAUUAUAAUAAAAAAUUUAACAUUAUUGGUUAUCAUAUAUAUAUAUAUAUAUGAAUACAUUUAAUUAUCAUAAAAAAUAAAAAAUAAAAUAUGGUCUACUCAAAAAUAUCUUUAAAUAUUAUAGAUUAUUAAAGUUCUAUAUAAAAUCUAUCGGCAUUUAAUCAAAAGUAUAUUAUUUCAUUAUUAUUUAUUAAUCCAAUUGAAUCUAAUUUAUAUUAAUAAACAAUAUAUUAAUUUUUACAUUAUCAAUUUAUUUCUACAGCAAAAUAUUAGCUGCUUAUUAAAUAUAAUUUAUUUCUACAUAAAAAUACUAGCUGCCUAUUAAAUAUAUUUAUUUUUAUAUAUAACCUAUCGGCUUAUUAUUAGUUAAUAAUAAAAAAUUAUAACAUUUUAAAACAUUAUAAUUUUUAUAAAAAACUAUUUAUUUCUACAUAAAAAUAUUGGCUGGUUACUAUAAAUAAACAAUAUACUAAUUUUUACAAUAUUUCAAUUUAUACAUUACCAAUUAUUGGUUUUUUAACAAAUCAAAUUUUGAAAGUAUAAACUAAAUAUUAUCCUCAUAUAUUAAAUUUUCUUUUGCCCAAUUUAUAAACAAAUAUAAUCUAUGCAAUCAAGCAGCCGCAUAUAUUAGAACUAUACAGUUACACAAAUCAGUCUUUUACUAAAAAAGUAAUUCUCCAACAUCCUUAUUACUUUCGCCAUUUAAUUUUUCUAUUUUUUCUUCAUACUGCUAACUCCCCUAAUACUUUUCUUGCAUAUCUAUAAUUUUGCUUCAUUUCAUUUUAUUUUAUUUUGCUUAUGUCGCUUAUUUUGCUUAUAUUUGUAAAUGCAGAGCCCUGAUGAGUGUUUCUAAAUUUUAAUAAAUAACACGAAACGCGU